AGGAGCGAGAGGAAGGACACACGAAGAAGAAAGAAAAACACAGAAGCGGCUGGAGGACCAAGGCCGCACAUAAAAUUAAACACCAGGAUCACCUGCUUCUUUUGCCCAUGAACAUUGUACCUUGAAUCGCCCCUGCUCGAGCGGCUCAAGUCUCAACAACUACAGUAUUUUAUUACCUGCACGGACAGGAUGAACGUCCCGGGCCUGGCGGCUAUGGUCGCCUUCUACCUGCUGGUGUUGGGCAUCGGCAUCUGGGCCUCUGUGAGAGCCAAACGCGCGCGUGAGAGGACCCAGGAGAACCGGACCGAGUACACCCUGUUGGGGAACAGGGGUAUCAGUCUAGCCGUGGGGGUAUUCACAAUGACAGCCACGUUUGUUGGGGGAGGCUUUAUUACUGGUUUAACUGAAGCUGUGUACACCCCAACCAUGGGACUGACCUGGGCUGUCAUGCCUGUAACUGGUGCCCUAUCAUUUAUAGUUGGUGGACUUUUCUUUGCAAAAAAAAUGAGGGAGAGAAAGUAUGUGACAAUGAUGGACCCAUUCCAACAUAAGUAUGGGAAAACAAUUAGUGGCAUUCUGUCUGUAGCACUAUUGAUAUCAGACAUUAUCUGGGUGACAGGAACUCUCAUUGGUUUAGGUUCAACAAUGAGCAUAAUCUUGGACGUCCCAUAUUCUGUGUGUAUUUGGUUAUCAGCCGCAGUUGCCAUAAUCUACACCCUUCUGGGCGGGCUGUAUAGUGUAGCAUACACUGACAUUAUACAACUGAUUCUUAUUUUCUGCAGUUUGUGGUUAUGUGUUCCUUUCGUCUUGAUGAGUCCUUAUACAGAAGAAAUCACAAAGACUGCACAUACGUUUAUUUACCAGGCCCCUUGGAGUGGCUCUAUAAAUAAACAGAAUGUGUGGAUUUGGAUUGAUAAUUUUUUGUUACUGUGUCUUGGUAACUUGGGUUAUCAAGAUUUUCACCAGAGAACUCUGUCUUCGUCUUCAUCCUCCACCGCUAGGAUCACAUGCUUCAUUGCGGCGCCCAUGAUCUUUGUGCUUGGAAUCCCCCCUGUGUUAAUUGGAGCAGCUGCAGUCUCAACAAACUGGACUAUGACAGACUAUGGCUCCCCAUCCCCAUAUGAGCGCGGUGAAGCAGGGCUGGUGCUGCCCAUUGCUCUACAGUAUCUCACUCCAUCUUUCAUCUCCAUCGUGGGCAUUGGAGCAAUUGCUGCAGCUGUGAUGUCAUCAACAGACUCUGCUCUGUUGUCAGCAGCAUCAAUAUUUACAUCCAACAUCUAUAAGAACAUUUUGAGGACAAAGGCACCGGAGACAGAGCUUCAGUGGAUCAUACGCAUUACUGUGGUGUUGGUGGGUCUAGUGGGCACCUCGCUGUCAUUUCUGAGCAACAGUGUUUUGCUGUUCUGGAUACUGGGCUCAAGCAUUACCUACACCAUCAUGUUUCCUCAGCUCGUGUGCAUCCUCUUCUGUGAGGUCUCUAACGGCUAUGGCUGCAUUAUGGGCGUGGUGACUGUAUUGUUAUUGAAGGUACUGAGUGGGGAACCGGCGCUGGGCCUGUCUCCUCUUUUCUAUUACCCUGGAUGCCCGAUUGUGAAUGGGACAUAUGUCCAAUGUGCUCCAGUUCAGACCAUUUGCAUGUUUUGUGGAUGCAUUGCCACUUUAAUGUUUUCAUGCAUAGCACAUACAUUAUUUUCCAAAAAAGUUAUUCCUGGUGAGUGGGAUGUUUUUAGUGUUACAAAGUAUAAAGCACCACAUUACAAAAUAGACACUAAUUUGAACAAUGAAAAGUAAAUGUGAAGAUUUGGAAAAUAGUAGUAAUUGCAUUUGUGCAGAAAACUAAUAAAAAACGUUUCCUACA